AUGGACGCAGGAGCAAUUUUUGAUUCGUUUGAUUCGGAUCAUUCUGGCUUUAUUGAUACGAGUGAAUUUCUGAAUGGGAUGAAGAAGUAUACUGGGUUGGGAGAUGAAUAUGAUGAGAAAUUCACAUUCAUGUUCCAAAUAGUGGAUGGAGUUGGGGCUUGGAAUGCUAAAGAUGGUAAACUGAACAAAUCCGAAUUCCAAAGGAUUUGUAAUGCAAUGCCAAAUGGCAUCACAGACAAACAUAAAAUGGUCAAUAUAAUGAUUUAUAACUUAGUCGACCAAGACCAUAACGGUUCGGUAUCAAAAGAGGAGCUGAAAAACUUCUUGAGAAUUUUAAAUCCAAACUACUCGGAUAAAGACGCAGAUAAAAUCGCAGGGCUCAUCGAUACUGAUGGAGACGGGUCUAUAUCUAAAGACGAGUUUUUGAUGAUAAUGAGAUGA